AAGAUGGACGGAGCAGCAAACUUGGUUAAUGAAAUUUGGAGUAGAUGAGUCUUUCAUAAAUCCAGGAAUCUGAUAUCCCUACGCUCGGUUGACCCACCUACGCACGGCACCAUGAGCAAUUCAAUCCAUGCCCAGAUCUCCGGGCUUGCCAAAGAAAAUCCACUCUCGGCAACUCUCGUGACUAUAGCAGCUUUUCAAGCAACAAUAUUCCUCGUCAUUCGAGAGAUUUUUACUCCGGUUGGGAAACGCAGACCUCCCCAUGGAAAGAGAUGGAAGCUCCCUCCUGGCCCUAAAGGAAUACCGAUAUUCGGAAGCCUGUUAGACGUUCGCAAGAUUCGUGAUGACCAAGAUCACAUAAUAAACAAUGAACUUGCGAAAUAUGGCGAGAUGACUACUCUGCACCUCGGAUCAAAAACGUGGAUUUUGCUCAAUAGCAAGCGCGUGGUCUCGGAAAUUAUCGCAAAACGCGGUACGCUCACAAACGGCCGAAGCCCUAUGCCCGUUGCCAGUGGUAUUGUUAGCCGCAACGGGCGCUCUCUUCUGCUUCCUCCCUCAGGAUGGACCGAGAAGCGACGAGUAAUGCACUCGCUGCUCAGUGGCACCGCGUUAAAGCAGUAUGCAUCAUGGCAGGAACUGGAAAGUACCCAACUGCUUGCUGAAUAUCUGUUCCAACCGGAGAGAUGGUACCGUCAUCACUAUCGGUAUGCAAACUCUGUGGUCCACCGCAUUGCGCUCGGGGAGCGGCUGGUAAAAUCAGGUAAAGAGCUUGAGGACCUACAAAACGUUGUUACCUAUUUCGUGGGCAGCAUCGGAUCCAGCCUGAUUGACUGGUUUCCCGAACUUGAUCGUCUCCCUCGCGUUUUGCAGCCAUGGAGGAAGCACUGGGAGAAGCUCGGUGAUUGGAACGAGGAGGUCUACAAAUCAUGGUGGAUUCCAGUUAGAGAGCAGGUAGAGCAAGGGACAGCGCCCCCAUCAUGGGUUCGCGACGUUCUUUUGCAUCCGGACACCAAGUUUACUGGGGACGACCAGGAGGCCAUGUAUGUUGCUCUGCAGCUUCUGGAGGCUGGAUCCGACACGACCCGAGAAGUAUUGAACAUUUUCGCUAUGGCAGCUCUUUGCUAUCCGAAGACUUUCCAAAAGGCCAGGGAAGAGGUCGACCGAUUGUGUUGCACUGAUGGGAGUCUCCGUCUGCCAGGGAUCGACGACCUUGAGCAAAUGCCCUACAUCUGCGCUAUGAUCAAGGAACUCCUGCGGUGGAGACCCAUUUUCAUUCUGACACCUGAUCACGUGCUUACCUCUGACAUGGAAUUUGAGGGCUAUCACUUUCCGGCAGGCGUUGGCUUCGUUAUCAACGAGGUUCCAGUAUGCAACGAAUGUGAGGAUUCAGAGGAGUUCAAGCCUGAGCGGUGGCUCGAUGGACAUGAAACUGACGCUGCACAUGGCUUGUGGCAGUUUGGCGGAGGCCGCCGGAUCUGCGUUGGUUACAGGCUUGCUUUCAGAGGACUGUUCAUCAAUGUGGCACGCCUAGUAUUCUGUUACGAUUAUGCAGCAGCGGGACCAUAUAACCCAAAACGACUUAAUCACCACAAAACCGAUGAACCGUUUCCGGUAAAGGUAACCCCAAGAAGCGAGGACCAUGUUAAAUUGAUCUUGCGGGAAGGAGAAUCACUGCAGGUUUUGGAGGACGCCAAACGUCGAGUAUAG